UACACUACACUACACUACACUACACCCUCUCUCUCACAGUCACAAAACAACACAAGAAAGAAAGAAAGAAAGACACAUGGAGAACUCAUCAUCAUCAUCUUCAUGUUCAAACUAUCUCUACCGAGAGUGCCUCCGCAACCAUGCAGCCAGCCUCGGUAGCUACGCUACCGACGGCUGUGGGGAGUUCACCCUGGACGUGGACAGCGUCUCGUCCCCCUCCCUCCAGUGCGCAGCCUGCGGCUGCCAUCGCAACUUCCACCGCAAGGUCACGUGCCCCGCGGUGGAAGGAGGGUUGCAGGCCGUGACUGGAGGGAGUGGGGACAUGAUGGAGUACUCCGGGGGCGGAGACGUGGGAAGAAUAACGGAGAUGGGAGAGAGGAGUGGCGGCAGCAAGAAGAGGUUCAGGACGAAGUUCAGUGCUGAGCAGAAGGAGAAGAUGCUGGGGUUCGCGGAAAAGCUGGGGUGGAAGCUGCAGAGAAAAGAGGUGGAUGAUGAGAUUGAGAGGUUCUGUAAAAGUGUGGGUGUCACUAGACAGGUUUUCAAGGUGUGGAUGCAUAACCAUAAGAACAACUCCAACACUUCUACUAAUUCUUCUGCUAAUCUCUCUUCUCUCACUCAGUCAUGAUCCUGCACUUCCCUAAACUUAAUUAGAGAGAGAGUGUGUGUGUGUGAGAGAGAGAUGCAUGUAUUUUAUUAUUGCUUUAUUUUUCUUUUAAAUCGAGGCUUGGAUGUAAUAAUUAAUUUUGUAAUUUAUAUAUCCUUGUUGCAUGCGUUAGUAUAUAUAAA